GUUUUGAUAUUAAGGUUACGACUCAGUCUACUACAUUACAUUAUCUGAAACAGUCAAUGUAGGAAGAUCAUCUAAAAUGAAGCUGCUUAUUGUGUUCUGCAUCGCGGUGGCAGCCGUGUCUGGGGCGUCGGUGCCAUCCUACAUCCAAUACCCAUACAAUGUGCAGGUUUUGCGAUAUGACAAUGACAACAUUGGUCUUGGAAAUUAUCGUUACGCAUACGAGCAAUCCGACGGAACAAAACAAGAACAGCAAGGAUAUGUCAUCAACGAAGGUCGCGAAGACGAGUCUUUCGCUGUCAGGGGUUCUUUCUCAUGGGUAGGACCUGAUGGGGUCACCUACAAAGUCACCUACGUCGCUGACUCUAACGGCUACCAACCUGAAAUUGAAUCCCUCCAACAAUACCUCGGCCAACCAGGUCAACCAGGCCAACCAGGUCAAACAGGCCAACCAGAAAAACCAGUCCAACCAGGCCUACCAGGCGGACAAGGCCGACGGGGUCUACCAGGCCAACCAGGUCUACCAGGCCAACCAGGCCAACCAGGCUUACCAGCCAUAAGCUCCGAAAUAUUAGCAUCUAUUCUUGGUUAAAUAUCGUAAUGAGUUUUUCCGCCUAAUCAAUAAUUGUAAUAAAGUU